CACAGUUUGUCUUCUUCCUUCACCUAAAUGUUGUUAUAUGGGAAUCGGGGAUUAGGCAGUUCAUUGAGUCUUGUUGUGUGAGCAGUGAUUUAGCAGCAGCAUCAACGAGGCAGGCAGGCACAGCUGGAGACCACAUGCAUGUCAGCGGAGAGAGAGAGAGAGAGAGAGACUGUCUCGUCUGGUGUCGUAUAGCGGCAGUGUUUCUUCUGUACUGUUUCUGUCACAGAGAGGCAGAGUCAAGCUCCUCAUCUAUGCAACGGACGGAUGGACUGUUGAUUACUAGCCGUUCCCGUUACCGUUUAUGGAUAAGCGACAAUGACAGAUCCAUCCCUCUGUGGAGAACGGAGGAGUGGGGAGGCAGGAAGACGAUGCAGUCUCACUCAGUCAGCCAAUAGUAAGUAGGACUCUGGAAUCUGCACACUUCAGUGUUCUGAUCAGAUCACGGGCUGUAAAUGCAUGAUCACCGCUGGAUCAUUUCUACGGAAAAGGCUUCAUUUGUUUGGAGUCUAGCAUAAGAAGUGUAUGUCGUGAAUACAAAAUAUCCCACAGGAGUCAACUUUUUUUUGAUGGAAGACGUCAGUGAGGGCAUUUUUUUCAUUCCCCUCUAAAAGUUGUCAUUUUAAAGGAGUAGCUCUCUGGGUUUUAUCUUGAGCUGGUUUUGUCCUGGUAAUGACGCUCCCUUGUUGUAAUGAAUAUUUUAUUAAAGGAACAAAACAGGGCAGUACCAGCUUGUGCUAUUUCUGUCACUGUUAAAUCGACAUCUGAGGGGACAGAAUAGCUACAGUAAGAAACUGUAUUGUGUUACUGAUAAGCCUGGUAAUUACAUCUUAAAUUCAGCCCAGCUUACUGAUCCUAUCGCUUUGGUGUUGGAUACUUAACCUCAGCCCAGACCAAAUUACUACCCAUACCCCCCCCCCACUCUCCCUGAAGAGAGAGAGAGAGAGAGAGAGAGUUGAGGGGGAGCGAGGGAGGCUGUGGAAAAUAAGGGCAGAGAAAGAAGUCAGGGUGACAUUUAUUUAUUUUCUCUUUUGAAGUCAACUCAGCGGCGACUGAUCCGUGAUAAUUUCGACCCCCUCCAUCACAGACUGAUGUAUGACCUGUGCACCAGGCCCGAGCAGCCGCCGGAACCCGAACUGGAGCAGCCUGUGUCUGCAGCGGAUACAGACAUGGAAGGGAGACGCUGUGGAGAGGCUGAGGCCCCAGGACAGCAGAACCUAAUACAGCAGGACAGGGAUACUAAGACAGAGGAGCAUGGUAAUAAUACUACUACUACCAAUGGGGACUCAAUGGACAAGACAAAUCUAGACACUACCUCUACCACUGUUACUGCCCCUGUGACACCCAAGAGGCACAACUCACUUUACAAGGACCUCAACGACUGCGAGGUGGGAGGGUUUCGCAAGAAUGGCACUGACUAUGGCUUCCUGGUGCGUCAGAACUCAGAGCUGCUGCGAGCUCUGGAUGAGAUGGAGAAGACCUGCAACCACCUGAGAGAGGAGAACAGCCUCCUGCGGAAGAGCAGCGCCCCAGAGACGGAGGAGAAGGUGAAGCGUUUGAGGAGGAAGAACAUAGAGCUGGCUGUCAUCGCUAGGAGGCUGGAGGACAGAGCACACAAACUACAGGAAGCUAACCUCAAAGUGGUGAAUUCCCCAGCUCCGGUGGAGCAGUACAAGCGGGCGUUUGCCCGUCAACGAGCCCGUGACCUGGCACAGCACGCAGACACAUUGCUCUCCAAGGACAAGGAGAUCGCCGCCCUGCAGCAGGAGUGUAGGGAGCUGGAGACACGCUUGGGCACAGCCAAGGACUCCCCAGUCCCGUCUGGCGUGGUGGAGUUUGAGAGGCUGCUAAGAGAGUCCCAGAAGGAGGUGCUGAGGCUCCAGAGGCAACUGUCAAUCUCCUCCUCCAGAGUCAUCUCCUCCAGAGUCACCUCCGAUAAAGACACCUCCUCCAGAGUUAUCUCCCCUAAAGACACCUCCUCCAGAGUCACCUCCUCUAAAGACACCUCCCCUAAAGACAUCUCCUCCAGAGUCACCUCCUCUAAAGACACCUCCUCUAAAGACGCCUCCUCCAGAGUUACCUCCUCUAAAGACACCUCCUGUAAAGACACCUCCUCCAGAGUCACCUCCCCUAAAGACACCUCCUCCAGAGUCACCUCCCCUAAAGACAUCUCCUCCAGAGUCACCUCCUCUAAAGACACCUCCUCUAAAGACACCUCCUGUAAAGACGCCUCCUCCAGAGUUACCUCCUCUAAAGACACCUCCUGUAAAGACGCCUCCUCCAGAGUUACCUCCUCCAGAGUCACCUUCCCUAAAGACACCUCUUCUAAAGACAUCUCCUGUAAAGACACCUACUCCAGAGUUACCUCCCCUAAAGUCACCUCCUCCAUAGCCACCUCCUCUAAAGACACCUCCUGUAAAGACCCCUCCUCCAUAGCCACCUUCCCUAAAGACGCCUCCUGUAAAGACACCUCCUCUAAAGACGCCUGUUGCAGAGUCACCUCCUGUAAAGACACCUCCUGUAAAGAUCCCUCCUGUAAAGACCCCUCCGGAAGGAAACACAAUGGACACGAAAGGCCCUGCAGAACAAAGGAGGAAAGUGAGGAGAAGGUUGUAGCAGAGACCCAAUUCUUGGCGUUAAAUGAGGCUCCAGCCAGGUGUGAGGAGACUCCCAGAGAGGAGGAGGGGCCGCGAGUGAUCCCAACUCCGCCAGGCCCCGCCCCCACCCACAGCCACUCCCACCAGAAGGAGCACAGAGAAGAUCAAAGACUACAGUUGCUGGAAUGUGAGCUGAGCAAGAAGAGAAAAGAAUGUGAAAACUUGGAACAUGAAGUUAGGAAGAGACAGAAGGGAUGUCUGGAUUUGGAGAGCCAGCUUGAGGAUGAGCGAGGCAAAAAUGGGCAUCUAGAGGAGGAGGCGAAUCUCCUCAGGAGGAAGGCACGGCUGCUCGACCAGACCUGGGUUGAGAAUGAGGAGCUGAGAGAACACCUCUCUGAAGUGACCGCUCAACGUGAUUCAGGUCUCAAGGAGAAUCAGAGACUCCGUGUCAAACUGGAGAACCUAGAGCAGGUCCUGAAGCAUAUGCGAGAGGUCGCCGAGCGGAGGCAGCAGCUGGAACUGGAACACGAGCAGGCAUUGGCUAUCCUCAAGUUCAAACAGAAUGAGAUCAAACGACUACAGCGGGCUGAGUUUUUCGCCAAGAGGGAGCAUGAGGGAGUGGUACAGAUGCUGGAGACUACAUUGGACUCCAUGCAGUCUAAGGUGCGGGAGUUGGAGGAUAAGUGUCACAGCCAGAGUGAACAGUUCAGCCUGCUCAGCCAUGAACUGGAGACCUUCAGACUACAGGCUGGCAAACUGGACCUGUCUGGCUCCACCAUCCUCACUAACCCCCCUCUCUGCCAUCUGACCAACGGGGUGGGCCUCACCGGAGAUGUGGCAGCAAAUCUCCGGAUGGGGGCCACCCCUCACGCUGCGGGUCUCACACGCUCCCCCACCGUCAAGCACCGUGAGCUGCCCACCAUCAGCCUGACCAAGUCCUCCAGCACCCCCAAGUCUGCCUCUGACACCACCCACCUCUCCCCCAAGUCAGCUGAGUCCCACCACAGCCCCCACCACAGCCCACGCAGGACCAGCCCCACGCCACACGAGGUUGACACGGCCAGUGAAGUGGAGGAGUUGGACAUCGAUGUGUCCCCAGCGCCUUACACAGCUCUCAGGGGAGCCGCCCAGCUACAGGUCUUCAUUGCCAGAUACAGCUAUAACCCUUAUGAUGGUCCUAAUGAUAACCCAGAGGUGGAGCUGCCACUCACCGCCGGGGAGUACAUCUAUGUUUAUGGCGGUAUGGAUGACGAUGGCUUCUAUGAAGGAGAGCUGAUGGACGGGCGGAGAGGGCUGGUCCCCUCCAACUUUGUGGAGCGCGUCUCAGACGACGACAUGAUAAGCGCCCACGUACCAGAAGGCACGGAUAUAUCCCACAACUCCCUGCUAGACAGCAGCCUGCACAGCGCCAGUCACCAGCACCACCUCUGCCUGGGGGGCCCAGGUACCUCUGAGAGGACAGACCCUACGUCAGCAGCCUCCGUCCCGGUUUCUCUCUCCGUCCCCUCAGGGGAGCAGGUCCCCUCGGACCCCUCCCUCCCUGACCUCCUUUCCCCAGCCCCCCUCACCAACGGCCUGGAUCUGGACCUAGAGGUGGGGUUGGGCACUGUGCCUUACCCGCGCAAGCUCACCCUCAUCAAGCAGCUGGCCAAGAGCAUCAUCAUCAGCUGGGACGGGCCGCUGGUGCCGGCGGGCUGGGGAAACGUGUGGAGCUACAAUGUGUACGUGGACCAGGAGCUGAGGCUCAACGUGCCCUUCGGCUCCCAGACUAAAGCUGUCCUAGAGAGACUAGACGUCACCCUCAAGGCCUACCGGGUGUCUGUGCAGAGCCUGACGGAGCGCGGCAGCUCAGACCAGCUCCGUUGCUCGUUACUGGUGGGUAGGGACGUGUGUGUGGCGCCUACCCAGCUCAGAGUCGACCGGGUCACCGCCACCUCGGCCAGCCUGGCCUGGCUGCCUAGCAACAGUAACUAUGUGCAUGUCGUGUCCUUGAACGAGGAGGAGAUGGAGCUGGUGAAGGCUGGCAGCUACUCACUGUGCCUCAGUAACCUCACGCCCAGCCUUCAGUACACAGUCAAGGUGGAGGCUCAGCCACACCAAACCCCCUGGGAGAUUCCCCAGGAGAGACGGGAACACAAGACCGCCACCACCACCUUCACCACGUUGGCUGCAGGCCCCCCAGACGCUCCUCUGGACGUGCAGCUGGAGCAGGGGCCCUCCCCGGGAAUCGCCCUCAUCAGCUGGCUGCCUGUCACCAUCGAUGCUGCUGGGACCUCCAACGGGGUCCGCGUCACCGGAUACACAAUCUACGCUGACAAGAAAAAGGUGUUGGAGGUGUCGUCCCCCACGGCGGGCAGUGCCCUGAUGGGCCCGUCUCAGAUCCAGUCCCUGAUGGCAGCCCACGAGCUCACUGUGCGCACCAUGUCUGCCCAUGGGGAGUCCAUCGACUCUGUGCCAGUCAACGUGCCCGCCAAGUUGUCUGACAUCAUGACCGGCCAGGCUUCGGCCGCCUCCUGCUCCUCGUCUACCCCCGUUCGUCAGUCAACACCUGUCCACCAGUCGCCACCCUACCAGUCACCCCCUGUUCACCAGUCACCCCCCGUUCACCAGUCACCCCCCGUUCACCAGUCACCCCCCGUUCACCAGUCACCCCCUGUUCACCAGUCACCUCCCGUUCGCCAGUCACCUCCCUACCAGUCACCCCCAGUGCAUCAGUUAACUCCUGUCCACCAGUCACCCCCUGUCCACCAGUCGCAACCCUACCAGUCACCCCCCGUUCACCAGUCACCCCCCGUUCGUCAGUCACCCCCGUUCGUCAGUCAACCCUUGUUCACCAGUCACCUCCCUACCAGUCACCCCCAGUGCAUCAGUUAUCCUGUCCACCAGUCACCCCCUGUCCACCAGUCGUCACCCUACCAGUCACCACCCUACCAGUCGCCCCCCUUCCUGUCUUCGUCACCACCCGUCCAGCCCCAAUCCCCAUCUUACGGGAACUCAGCUGCCAAAGUCUCCAUGCUGCCCUACGCCACUGCCUCGUCGCCACUAGACGUCGCACACGCCAUGGGCCCUAACGGGGGGCUGCCCUCUGCCAACUCUCCCCCAGUCCACACCCUCCACACAGAGGCCUGCUCCCCACACCCUGCCUCGUACGCAGAGGUCUGGGCUAACCCCUUAGCAAAAUCUCCUGUCCCCCCUUGGGCCGCCUUGGCAGUGCAUGAGGCUAUGUCAUCUCCAGUAGCACUAAACUAUCAGGCCAAGCUACCAUCAGCUUCUCACAUCAACACAACGAACCCACAUCUAGGCCCAGUAGCAGCCGCGGAGCAGAGCAGAGCAGACACAAACAGCCCCGGAGUUCCCCGUCCUGUCAUGUCCAUCACAGACUUUAUCCCUGUGGAGGACGACUCCCGUGCCAACCUUUCAACCCCUGAGCCCUACCCCACCCCGCCCAAGGCCCUAGUGCCACACGCUAGGGACCUCAUCAACCCCCUGGACACACAGCCUCUCCGGCCCCCCAGAGCCCCCUCUCCCCUGGAGUCAGAACCAGACUACUCCAUGGAGAGGCCGACCACACGCUUGGUGUCCAUGGAGGACUUCCUCAGGCAGGACCAGGACACAGGCUUCAACAGGCAGCCACAGCGUUAUACCGCUGGCCUGGUGGAGCCAGAGAGCAGUAGGGGAUCUGACCUGUCUGAUAUCCUGGAGGAAGAGGAGGAUGACCUCUACUCUGACCCCCCUGGACCCGCCCUGGCCCGGGGGUACACCACUGGAGCUAACAGGGAGGCUGGUGCUGGGUGGAGCGGACAGCCUGGAUCUCCGAAGCUGACCAGGUCAGAGGUCAUACAUCAACUCAAAGAGAGCAUGGAUCAUGCAUGGCCUAUAGGAGACAAUGAGGUGCGUAUCUUUGUGGCUCUGUUCCCCUACGACCCGGUCAACAUGUCUCCCAACCCAGACGCUGCUGAGGAAGAACUGCCCUUCAGAGAGGGACAAAUCAUCAAGAUCUACGGAGACAAAGACUCGGAUGGAUUCUACCGCGGCGAGUCGAACGGUCGUCAUGGUUACGUGCCAUGUAACAUGGUGUCAGAGAUUCAGGUGGAGGACGAGGAGACCAGAGAGACACUCCUGCAGCAGGGCUUCCUGUCUACCGCCACAAACAUGGAGAAGAUAGGCACUCGCUCACAUGCACAGCUUCCGCGUCGCCCUGUCCCACCGCCGAAACCGAGACGAUCCAAGAAAGUGGAGGCUGCUGCGCUGUGGGAAGAUAGCUUAGACUCCUCCAGUCAAGAUCCCAGCCAAUCUGAUGUUGCUACGGCAAACCCGGCGGGCCCCGGUCCUCGCAGGAUGAAGGCCAUCUUUGAUUACGACCCUCGAGAGAGUUCUCCCAACGCUGACAUCGAGGUUGAGCUGACCUUCAGUGCCGGGGAUAUCAUCUAUGUGUUUGGUGACAUGGACGAUGAUGGGUUCUUCUAUGGUGACCUGAACGGACACAAAGGCCUGGUCCCAUCUAACUUCCUACAGGCUGCCCCAGAGGCUGCUGGGAAAGCCCCACCAUUUGACCCCCAGCCUCAGUCUGUAGCCGAGCACAGGACAGAAUCACAGGUGAGCCUCAGCACAUUCUCAGAGGAGGUUCUACAUCCACCCCUACACACAGGGCUGACUGGCCCAGUCCACACACAUCCACCCCUACACACAGGGCUGACUGGCCCAGUCCACACAGACCACCAACACCACCUGGAUCCGUCCGCAGCAGCAGCCAUGAUGGAACCCUCCUCCAUGGACCCUGCCCCAACCCCAAGGCAAGCCAGCCUCAGCAGCUCUCCACCCCACAUCCCAGCAGAAAGCCCCUCACAGACAGACCAGACAGACGUCUCCCCACCAGGCAAGAAAAAGAAAGGCUUCUUCGCCAAAGGGAAGAAGCUUUUCAAAAAGCUGGGAUCCAGCAAGAAGGAUUGAAACUUGGGACAUUUACCAAUCAUUGCAGUUUUUAUUGAAAACACUUUUACAUAUUAUCAGUGUUGGUUGUCUUGGGCUAUGUUGUUAGUUUAGUUGUAAUAUUCAGUAACUAUGGAUACACUAAGAUAUUAUACAGCUGAAUACCCCUCUUCAAUAUAAUACUACUAAACCAGCUGGCAAUAUGUGGAGCAUAUUUUGUGUGUAUCUGAAAUGGCACCCUAUUCCCUAUAUAGUGCACUACUAUAGCACCCUAUUCCCUAUAUAGUGCACUACUAUAGCACCCUAUUCCCAUAUAUAGUGCACUACUAUAGCACCCUAUUCCCUAUAUAGUGCACUACUAUAGCACCCUAUUCCCUAUAUAGUGCACUACUAUAGCACCUUAUUCCCUAUUUAGUGCACUACUUUGGGAAUAGGGAGCCAUUUCAGAUGCAACCAUUGGCGUAUAUAAGACGUGACGGCAUCACUGAGAGCGUGUUAAUGAGCACGUUGAAGUAUUUCAGAUCCUAACCUGUGCCGUGCUUAUAGGCUUCCUCUGAAUACCCACUGAUUCUCUGAUAACCUUUAGUAGUCCACUCUGUGAGGGGUUUCUCCUUCAUCUGGCAGUGUUAUCUGGAAGGACUUUAGUAGUCCUUCACCGGGCAGUAUUAUCUGGAAGGACUUGAUCAGAUACUGAUGCAGAUGUGAUGUUAAAAAUGGUGCUCUAGACUUUCAUUUAGACUGUCCGUCGUUGGCUUGGAGAGGCCCAUGCAUCAUGUCCAGGCUACACUACAACCACUGUUAGUUUAAACUGAGAGGAUGGGCUUGGAGAGGCCCAUGCAUUAUGUCCAGGCUACGCUACAACCACUGUUAGUUUAAACUGAGAGGAUGGGCUUGGAGAGGCCCAUGCAUUAUGUCCAGGCUACACUACAACCACUGUUAGUUUAAACUGAGAGGAUGGGCUUGGAGAGGCCCAUGCAUUAUGUCCAGGCUACGCUACAACCACUGUUAGUUUAAACUGAGAGGAUGGGCUUGGAGAGGCCCAUGCAUUAUGUCCAGGCUACACUACAACCACUGUUAGUUUAAACUGAGAGGAUGGGCUUGGAGAGGCCCAUGCAUUAUGUCCAGGCUACGCUACAACCACUGUUAGUUUAAACUGAGAGGAUGGGCUUGGAGAGGCCCAUGCAUUAUGUCCAGGCUACGCUACAACCACUGUUAGUUUAAACUGAGAGGAUGGGCUUGGAGAGGCCCAUGCAUUAUGUCCAGGCUACACUACAACCACUGUUAGUUUAAACUGAGAGGAUGGGCUUGGAGAGGCCCAUGCAUUAUGUCCAGGCUACACUACAACCACUGUUAGUUUAAACUGAGAGGAUGGGCUUGGAGAGGCCCAUGCAUUAUGUCCAGGCUACGCUACAACCACUGUUAGUUUAAACUGAGAGGAUGGGCUUGGAGAGGCCCAUGCAUUAUGUCCAGGCUACGCUACAACCACUGUUAGUUUAAACUGAGAGGAUGAAAGAGGGUUCCUUCAUCUGUCGACUGUUGUUUCUCAACCCUGUCACUUUUCAGAUCGAUCUGGAAUGUAUUCUACAUGGAUGUAUUUUAACAUCAGUGAGUCUAAUAUCGCAUAAGUAUUGUAUCUAGCUAACUAUAUAACAAACAACAUUAUGCUAAUUGUAUACUUUGAGUCUUUCACUUAUUAUAAAGAGUUCACUACACACUAUAGUUGAAUGGAAGUUGUUCCUUUUAACAACAACUGCUUCCAUUUCAUCACGAUUGACAACCAUCAAGUCAUUCCUUUUAGAGGCUGUUGAAGUUUGGAAUGUUUAGAAUGUUUGAUAUUUAGCGUGUUCUGUGACGAGUGUGAAGAUGGACAGGCCUUACGGUCUUCUAAAGUGUGUGUAGACGCAGCCAGACUGAAACCUGUCUAUGCCUUGACACAGAACUCAUACUCAUAAGUGUGUGUGUGUGUGUGUGUGUGUGUGUGUGUGUGUGUGUGUGUGUGCGUGCGUGCGUGCGUGCGUGCGUGCAUGCGUGCGUGUGCGUGAUCAUUUCCUGUCACUGUACUGUCAUAGUAUAGUGUCAUCUUACAGGGUACUUGUUCCUCUGUCUGUCUCCUUUUGAUUUAGUUGUCUGUUUUAGGAGUGUUGUAAAGGACAAUGAACAAGACUAGCAACACUUAACAGCAUUUAGAAGUAUUCAUUGUAUGCUACCUUGGUUAUCCAGCCAACCCAUGUACAUUAGCUGCAUUUAAUCCCAGCGUUCCAUCUGGUAUAAUAUGCAGUAAUAGCUUUCUGAAGGUGUCCAAAUGAUAGGUGAUGUGACUAAGUUUGAUACGUUUGUUUUAUUCGGUUAUUUUAGUUUGUUGAGUUACAUUUGAAUCAUUUCUCAGGUAAAACUAGUCUUAGUCACUCGGCUCUGUCUGUGUCGAGCCACCUUGUCUCACUUAAGAGGAAGAUUCUUGCCAAAAAACAUUAGGUGCUUUGUCUGUUACCAUAACGAGGAGACCAAGCAUCAAACACAAGGGGGUAUGGCAGCGGGGCAAAAUAGAGCAUAAAUCAGAGGUAUGUUCUACCUGAUAACAGCCCAGGUCUGUUCUAUAGCCCACAGUUUCAUCUGCAAUAUUCUGAACGAUGCUUGCAACCCAUUGGAUUAGCCCCAGCAGAGGGCGGAGUCUACGCACACCUGACUCCAGACAUUGGAGGAGGCAAAUCUGGGUUUUUUGAUGUUCUUAAUGUUUUUGUUUUUUGGUUUUUUUAUUGUAUAGUUCAGUGUUAUCAAUUAAAAGGGAGAAUAACAAAUAGCAGAACGAACAUGCCAAGUAUGAAGGAAGUGUUGAUGAUGAUGAUGAUGAUGAUGAGGAGGAGGAGACAUCUGUUUCACCACUUGAAUACUCCUGGAUAGAAGCAGGAAUGAUGAGGUAGCUGUAGUGUACUACUGUAUGUGUUGGGGGUGUACUUUUAAAGUGGCUGAAAAUGUACAGUGGCUAUUUUGUAUUCCUUCACAGCCUUUUAAUGUACUUACCUGCUCUAAUCUGUAGUCAGAAAGCUACUAGCAUAAAUUGUUAUUGCAAGCUUUAGGAAUGAACUACUACUACUGCUACUACUACUGCUACUGCUACUACUACUACUACUGCUACUACUACUGCUACUACUACUACUGCUACUGCUACUGCUACUACUACUGCUACUACUACUGCUACUGCUACUG